UACUUGUCCCUCGUGCUUAGCGCUAACAGAGAGCUCUUGAUCGAGAUCGAUCGUCAUAACUACGCUCGAUCAUAGUCGUGGGAUCGCCUUCGGAUCGAGCUACCAAGUCCUUCCCGCGUCUGCAACCCGCGUGUCCUUGUCGCUGUCCAUGGGGUUAGCUUCCAUUUUUUUUUACCCUGUUUGUGUAUAAUACAAGAGCGUCGCCCGGCCCCCUCUCGGGACUUUCUUGAUUUGACUUGAUAUUUCCAUCAGCCUAAACUUCUCGCCCUCGAACAGGUGUGGCUUUCGUUAAGAAACUCAAACUCUAAAGCAUUCAGCUCAAGUUAAAUCACCAAAUAUAAAGCAUUCAUAAGAAUACCUGUUAGGCGCCGACUCUCAGAACAUACAUUUAUCCUUCAAGUCACCUUGAGAAUACUUCUGCAUCUCCCAUUCACAUAUGCCAACUGCGUUGCGUUCUCCAUUCGACGAUAUCGGUUUGAGAGCAUCUUGAUCUAGGUUUGUAACAGCGUUCAACAAUCAAAGCUGUCAGCCUAUCGGCGUUCCACCACUCUGAAAUCGUUGGUCACUUGUCAAACAAUUGCCAAAGUCAAUUGCCUAGCGUCAAAAUGCCCAAAAGAUCUCUUGAUGCCGCGAACAUGGCCGGCCCAAUCAAGCCUGCCCCAACCCGAAAGACUGAGCGAUCCCAUGAAGAAAACCAAGAGCGAGCGUAUAUUGCAGCCUCAAGGCGAGCAGAUCGAAGCCUCGAAGCCCGUGUUCAGUCGGCCAGGAUGGCCAGCGAGAUCCACAAGAAACGAACUGGCAAGGCCUUCCGAAUCACUGAGGAGAUUGUUAUGAAGGAGGAGAUGUACGAGGAAGAGGAUGAUGAAUUCCCUCGAUCAUACCGGAUUCUCAAGCAGAACAUGCAAACGGACAACCCCGCCUUCAAUGCUAGAGUGGACGCAUAUCUCAUUAACCGUGUGGCCAUGUCACAAAUGAUCUCGGCCACUGAGAGCGACUGGCGCAAUAACGAAAUCAAUAUGGAAUUUGCGAGAAUGUUCCCUCGGGCUGAGCAACAAGCCCAAUCUCUUUCCCACAGAUACUCCGCACCAGGCUAUUCGGCACUUCACACACAAAACAACACCAUCUCGACCCCCAUGGAGCAGCAUUUUGAGCCAAACUUCCAGCCUAUCAACUAUGGCCAACAGUGUAACAAUAGGCAUGGCGAUCGAAGCCUUUCCAUGUCAGGCCCUAUUUCAGAGUCAAGAAACGAUACAGCCAUGUCGCCAUCAGCUCUCACACCAGUUUCAGGGUCCCAUCCCGAGACGCCCCAACCUCGUUGCACAUCAUCCUUUGCAAACGUACAGCCGCCUCCCAUCAUGGAAUACAAUUCAGACAGCUCAGUUUUCACAGCAGAGCUACCGCCUGAGGCCAAGCUGUUGAUGGGUGGGGGCAUGAACGACACUUUCAGCUCUGCCCUUUAUCCUGAACCUCACAACUGGGGGGUUCCUCAAUCUUAUCCUUACAGCGGCGAUUCCAAGUAUAUUAAGGAGGAAGACACUGGCCUCGGCGUCGCUGGCGAGAGUUAUCCUGAGCUAUCGGAAACGCUACCAUGGGAUCGCUUCGAUCCCGGCACACCCACCAAAACCUUCGGCGACCAAGAGCCCGCUUGGGACUAUUUUCUCAACGAAAAUUGGGGCAACGACCAGCAGCAGCAAUAAACCAAGUUGCCGAUUGAUAUAUUUUUUUCUUUUUAGUUUUGAUUUCCAUGAUACUCUUAUUAGCGAUACAGCAGCAGUGCUUGCCAAAUCCAAAAACAGCACUGUACACCUGGCUCUUUUUUAAACAGCCUUAUCUGAUAUGCAUGGCGCUCGAGGGAUGGAUAUUGAAUGCUUGUACGUGGCAUGAAAACGGACGAGGUGGCUCACCUGCAUUUGUUAGAAUUGCAAAAGGCUUGCGCCAGGAGUUUUGCACACUGAUCUGGACUUGUUAUUUAUCACUACGGAAUACUUGUUGUAUAUACAUAUAACAACAUAAUUACAGAUGAGGUUCUGUUUAAGCAGAUUUAUCCACCGUUUCCUGGUUGAAUUAUCUUCUGACUAUUAUAUGGUACGCUAGUUUGUACGUGUGAUAUGAACUCUGUUACUGGGAGUGUUAUAUCUAAUAAAGAGUGUUAUUUAGCGAGUUUCAUCCUGCCUCGGUGUGUCAAGAACAAAUGUUAAGGUUUGGCCGGGGAUCAGGAGUGAAGAGACGAUUGGUGC